GGGGCGGGGGGGGGGGGCGGAGGCGGGGCGAGCCCAGCACCCAAACAAAAAGGUGCCGGGACCAGUGGCUCAGAUCUGCCCGGAAGGACCACAGGGAGCACCCAGGGUGGUGCGGGCCGUCUGUGGGCGUGAAGGGAGGCUGGUAGGGCUGCGGGCUGGGCUCUCCCCCACCAGGGCUGCACCCCCCGGAAGCAUGGCUGCCCGCCCCGUCCUGGGUCUUGCUGCUGUCCUCUGCCUCUCUGUGCCCCAGGCCGGCUCCAUGGUGCAGCAUCGACAGCCGGUCCAGGUGGUGCUGCUGGAACCCCAAGGGAGGGACUGCUCUCAGAUCUGGGUGGAGAAGCCCAGAGCCCCCAGCGGUGUGUACACCAUCCAGCCAGAGGGAGCCAGCGCCCCCUUCCAGGCUUUGUGCGACAUGCGAGAGGACGGUGGCUGGACGGUGAUUCAGAGUCGGGACCGGGGCAGGCGGAGGCGUCUGGACUUCGAGAGAUGCUGGCAGGAGUACAAACAGGGCUUCGGGGACUUGACAGGUGACCACUGGCUGGGGCUGCAGCACAUCUCUGACCUGACUUCCCAGCCGGGCCUGCGCUCAGAGCUCACGGUGGACCUUCUGGAUGCGGACAGCCACACGCUUCAGGCCCACUAUGACAACUUCCACGUGGACGGGGAGGACCUGUUUUACCGACUGACCCUUGGCCUGUACUCUGGGAACGCAGGGGACGCGUUCCGGGGCUUGGGCCGCACGGAUGACCAAGAGGGCUGUGGCUUCAGCACGCUGGACCGCGACCGCGACCACUGCUCACCCUGCACGGACGGCACCCAGCCCUUCACCAGCUGCAGCCGCGAUCGCUCGGGCGCCGGCUGGUGGUACAGCGACUGCGGCCAAGCUGACCUCAACGGGCCAUGGCCGGAGCGCGGAGGGGCCGCCUCGGGCAUGCGCUGGGCCACCGGCAACCACCGGCCCACCCUGCGUGCCAGCGUGCUGCGCGUGCGCACCACUGCUUCCCACAAGGCCUAGGCCCCUCGGUGGCCGAGCCUCAUUAAACGUUCAAGCCCUGC